CAGAAAAUUUGCAGCAACCCCCUCGCCAACUCUAUUCUGCUCCAAAUGGAUUCAGUCACAGGUUAAAAAAGAAAACGUGGAUUCAGUCUGGACAUCUAUCCGUUCGUAUGCUUGCCCAGUUCAGAGCUCAUGGAGGAAACGAACGCGGCCUCAGCGGCCGCCGCGAGUUCGUCGCCGGCACCGCCGCCGGCUGCAGAGAAGACGCCGGCCGAUGAUGCUCCUCAUCUCAGGCUAGAUUGGCAGGAGACCCCGGUCCACGGUAUGGAGUCAAGUAAGUUCAGUGUGCAAGUUCACCAUGGUGGAUAUUUUGUGGGAUCUGGAGAGACUGUUAGCUAUACGGAUGAGAAAGGAAUUGCAUGGUUUGACAACUUGGACAGAAACAACUUUAAAAUGGACACUAUAGACCUCAUGAUCGAUCAGUUAUGCUAUAAGGAGAGGAAGUUUGUUUUCUGGUGUCCACCUGGGAAAGCAAUUAAUGAACUGGUAGAGAUAUGUUUUGAGAAGCAUUGUCACCUUAUGUCGAAUGCAUCUGUGGAGUGCAAGGUUCUUCUUUUAUUUCUUCAUCAUUUGGAUGACCAUGAACAACAGGUGAAGGAAGAACUCUCCCAUAAGGGUGGUGAUACUGAUUGUUCUGAAGAUUCAGAAGAAGAGAAUUUUCAGUGUGACUCAGAUGGGGAUCCUGCUUGGUAUGAUAGUGACUAUGAUAUGAAGGAAGAUGACGAAGAUUUUGCAGAUAAUGUGGAUGAUUCAGAGAAUGAUGAAAUGGUUGAGUUGGGAAAGCAGAUUGCAACACAGCAUGCACAUGUACCUGGCUAUGAUGAUGUCAAUGAAGCUGAUCUGGAGUUACCGGUGGAAGAUGACAAUGAGAGGAGACACAAGAGCGAUUCUGACGACGAGGAGUACAAGAAGAAGAAAAGGAAGAGUCAAGUGACGUACAAGUUCAAGCCUUUUAACUCAGCUGGUGACAUGGAUGAUCCUAAAUUUAAAACAGGCAUGGUGUUUGACACCGUGGAGGUCAUUAGGAAAGCAGUGUCACGGUAUGCGAUCAAUGAGAGAGUUCAAAUUAGGAAGAUAAGGAACAACGAGAUCAGGUUUGAGGCCGUUUGUGAAGGAAAAACAAGUAAUGGUGAAGUAUGUAAAUGGAAGUUCAUUGCUGUAAAUGGAUAUUUCUCAUUGACUUGUAUUGAUUUCUUUUUGUCAUUUGCUGAUUUUUUCCCUCAUUUACUUGUUAUCAUUUGACUUGUAGAUACAUCUUAGAUGCAAGGGAGCUCCCUGUGAUGUCCAUGUUUGAGAAAAUUAGAUCACAGAUUCAGCACAGGCAAUACACGAAGAGGAAGGAAUCACUUGAGAAAUGGACAGGCAAUAUUACUCCAAAAAUUAGAGACAAGUUGAGGAAAAAUACCGAAUUUUCAAGAGAUGUUGAAGUUUCACCAGCUAGUGGGGGAGUAUUUGGAGUGGAGUCACAUGGAAGGGAUUAUGUGGUAGAGCUUAACAUGAGAGCUUGCUCUUGCAGAAGAUGGCAACUUACAGGUAUCCCUUGUAGCCAUGCAAUUGCUUGCAUGAGGCAUGAUAGAAUAAAGCCUGAAAGCAUGGUUUCAAGCUGCUACACUCUGCCAACAUACAUGCUAGCAUAUGGUGGGCAAAUCUUUCCUCUUAGAGAUAAGGAUGAGUGGGCACCUGUAGAUGCAACUCCUAUCUUACCUCCUCUUUAUGAAAAAAGUGUUGGAAGGAGGAAGAAAAAUAGAAGGAAGCAACCAGAAGAGAGUGAAGAUGGCACUAGACUGAGCAAGCAUGGUGUUACAAUGCACUGCGGAUAUUGCAAAGUAGCAGGCCAUAACAGAGGCGGUUGCGGUGAGCUAAAAUCUGCAAUAAUAAGGGAAAAUGAUGUCGCUCUUGGCAAUAAUAAGGAGCAGGAGCUGCAACAAGAAGAACAUGCACAAGAUCAACAAUCAGUGCAACAAGAAGAGCAAGCUGCAGCACAUAUAGAACCACAGAGUAGCAAAAUAGAAGGAAAAGCUUCACCCGGUCAAGCUCAUGAGAAAGGAAAAAAUACAAGCUCAAGAGGAAGGAAAAGAACACAAAGUAGCAAGAUGAAGGAGCAUGUUGAGCAUCUUUUGCAGAUAGCUAAGAGGAAAAAAUCAAAACAGAUUCUAGAUGAAAAUGGUGAUAUUGACUUCCCUGUGAUUAGAACUCACAUUCAUAAACAAGAAAGGGCGGAUCUACAUCUGAAAGAUUCCAUGGUUGACAUUCUGUCACGUGAGGGGCCUGCACAAGCAAUACCUGUAACUGUAGAGGAAAUGCCAGAAGAAAGUUACUUUGUUGCAGAACAUAGAGCCAAUAUUCCUUCAAGAAGAGGUCCACUUGUCAACACAUCUGGGAGAGCACUAGGAUCAAGAGGAACUAGAGGGGCAAGAGGAGCAAGAGGAGCAAAAGCAGUUUAAUUGUGAUGACAAUGUCUUAAUAGUGCUCACUUUUGAUUUUAUAAUAGGCCAUGAAUACAACUAUAUUAUGUACACUGGUUGUGACAACUAUUGAUGCCAUUUUGCUGUAAAAUAUGAUGUUGAUUUUCUUUUAGGGAAAACAUGAUGUUGGAUUUGUGUCAAUAGAUGCUGUCAAAAAUUUGGACAAAAA